AGCACCAACACCUCCAUCCGUCCAGGCUGGAGGCACACGUUAAUCGUCUUUCGUCAAGAAAUAACAACGCGCAAAUCCUCCCAAGUUUUUUAGUGAAGAACGCCUCGCCCUCUUCCCUCCUCUCUCCUGCCGUCGUCCUGCGUCCCAAUUGGGCAAUUCCCCAAACCUAACUAGGCUUUACCACCGCGGGAGCUGCCAUGGGUGGCCAGAUGCCGGACGCCGACGAGAAGGCCCGCUCGGCGGACACCUCCUCGUCCUCUUACGGCUACCCGCCGUCGGCGCCGCCGCAGCACCAGCACCAGUACGGCACCUUCGGGCCCCCGUCCGGGGCCUCUGGGCAGUUUCCGCAGCCGGCGGUCGGGUUCCCCCAGCCGGCGCCGCCGCCCGGUAUGCAGCACUACCCGCAGCAGCCGCCGGCGUCGUAUGCGGUCUACCCGCCCCCGCAGCAACCCUACGCGGCCGCCGCGCCGUACUACGCCCAAGGCUACCAGGUCGCGCAAGGUUAUAUUCCUGUUGUUGAAGGAAGGCCUGUUAGAAUGCGACCUCUUCCAUGUUGUGGCCUUGGCAUGGGAUGGUUUCUGUUUAUACUUGGGUUCUUCUUUGCUGCCAUUCCAUGGUAUAUUGGAGCUUUUGUGCUGAUUUGUGUCCGAGUACAUGAUUACAGGGAGAAACCAGGAUAUGUUGCUUGCACUAUUGCUGCUUCGCUUGCUGCAAUUGCUGUGCUGCUUGGCGCCACAAAAGGAGCGGAGGUGUGGUGAGAAUUAUGCCUUCAAUCACCAGCGGUCUGUUUAAUGUAAAUGUUUGUUACUCGGCUACUUUGUUAUCUGUGUUGUACAUGCCGUGUUGUGCGUAGAGGAUAGGGUGGAACAAGAUUGAUGUACGCUCCUAUUCGUUGUUUGACAUAUAAAUUUGUAAAAUGGAGUAGUAUGAAUGCACCUCAUUUUAAUUGUUUAAUGUAAAAUUGCCUGUAAUGCCACUAUGUUCUGAUUGCUUGUGCCCCUGGUUAGUUGGCUACGAA